CUUUUUGAAACUAUUGCUCAGCAUAGAGAAGCCCCUGGAUUAUGUCGGGCUCUUGGUUUUGCUGACAAGGUCCCUGAUUUUAUUCAAAGGCUUAUCAAUAGAAAGCAGAAUCUUACGGCUAUUAGAUUUAUAUUUGCAUUUGAGCUGGUUGGCAAGUUCCAUCCAAUUCCAGAAUCCAGUCUUGGAAGCGUACUGCAAGUACUGGAAGAAUAUUGCCGAUAAAACUUGUGAGAGAGAAAACAAGUUAACGGAAACACAGAUUGCAAUCGCAAAGAAGACCAUAGCUGCUCUGAAGGCUGUAGUUGGAUGCAUUAGAGAUCACAAGCUUGAAACUGAACACUCGGCUGAGAGCCUUGAAAAAAUUAUUGCUGUUCUGAACAAAAAGGCAAACAGCAAGUGUAUUGUGCCAGCUGCCCCCAAUCCCCAACUGCAACUGCAGAGUGAGAAGAAAUGUGAUGUCCCUUCUGAUUCAAUCACCAGGACUCAAACACAACAGAAGAGUGGAAUUAAGCGUCUGAGGGAGGCUUUACCCGAAAAUACUCCAAAUGCUCCUGUUUAUGCUGCCUCCACCAUUCACUCUGUACAUUUUCCUCAUCGGCAGCCAGCGGACUUCUCUGUCAAUGAAGAUAUGAUUCAAAGCCUUAUUGAAGGAUGGCAGAAUAUUGAGGCUAUUAAACUUAUAUUUGAAUUUGAGCUGGUUGGGAAGUUCCCUCCAGUUCCCAUCUUGGAAAAUUACUACAAAUAUUGGAAGAAAACUGCUGAUGAAAUUUGUGAAAGAGAAAACAACUUGACUAGAGAGCAGAUUACGAUUGCAAAGAAGAGCAUAGCUGCUCUGAAGGCUGUAAUCAGAUGCAUCAAAGAUCACAUGCUUGAAACUGAACACUCAACCGAGAGCAUUGAAAUAUUCAUUGCCGUGCUGAGAAAGAAGGCAAACAGUAGCUAUAUUGUGCCAGCAGACCCCAUGUUUCAGCUAGAACCGCAGAGAAUGAAGAAAUGUGAUGCCCCUACUGAUUCCAUCCCCAAAACUCAAGCAAAACAGAAGAGCAGAGUUAAGAUGGAUAGGAGAAAAGCUGUAUCGAAAGAUAUUCCAAAUGCUCGUGUUCGUGUUCCUUCCACCAUUCAUUCGAUACAUGCACCUCCUACCGGACGAGGCGGACGCUCUCUGAGCUCAUACCCGGAUAGGCCAGUCUCUUUUUUUGCUGGGAAUGCAAAGAGAGAACCUCGUUACCAUAUGGACCAUUAUCGUUUUCUGGCCCUAUGGACACACAAAGGGAACCUGAGUAUCACGAUGAACCACCACCUUUUGGUAGCCCUAGGUGUGCGCUUGGCGAAUCUGAUAUUUAUGAUGUGCUGGUGCCCUUUGGUGACUUUGAUUUACCACCUUCAUUCCACCAACCUUUCUACCCUUGAUGAAAACCAUUCAACAGGCUCUCAUUAAGGAGAAAUUAUUACAUGGUCUCAGACCAAUCACCAUUGGACACGUAAGCAAAUGUUUUUGCUUAUGUGUCCAAUGGUGGUUGACCGGGACCAUCUAAAAAUUUCUCUACAUUCCUCCUUUUUGAAAGGGUACCAUGUCCAUAGGAGCACAUUUUCAUAGAUAGGCAAUCUUUUGGUCAUUAGUAAGAGUUUUUGUGGAGGAGAAAAGAAAUGUAAAGAUUUGCGGACUCUUCUUUUCUCUCCUCUUAAUUUAGCUUAUUUAAUGGACAACACAGGAAAGGGAAAAUGGUUGGUAUUGUAAUGACUCUAAUGUAAUUGUGAUGUUUGAGUCACUGCAUUUCGUUAUCUACAAAAGUAGAUGAUUCAUUUGAUUAUUGAUGAACGAAAUGGGUUGUGCCUGUUGACCCUGAUUUUAAUCAUCUUUGAUCAGG